AAAGCGGUGCACUAUUUUUGCUUAGAAAUAAACUUAACGCUAGUUAGUGGGAACCAGAACAUACACAGACGAAAAUGUCCAGAGUCAAGUUUAAUGGAACAGUUGUACCAGCUCUUAGAAAUGCACUUAAGCUAAACAGAUACCGAAAAGCAGCAUACGAAUAUAGAUGGGACCAGUCGGUUGAUCAUCUUUUCCCAGAGCACUAUAAACAAAGAUGUGAGGAAUUUAUGAGACGAUUGCCAAAACCAGUUCACUACAAACCAGCUGAGAGCAAGUGGAAAAUCAGUCCAGAGACUGACCGAUGGGAGGUUAACAAUGAUGAACCUGUUUAUGUUGUAUAUCCAGAACAAUGCAACGAUGGUCUGUGGGGUGGGGAAGGAAUUGUUCAAGGAGAAUAUAUUGCAAGAUGGAAGAGGAAACGUUCCUUGGAAUUUCCAAAAAUAUGGCGACCCAGUUUGAUAAGAAGAAUAUUUUACAGUGAAAUUUUAGAUAAAUGGUACCAUGUAGUAGUUACACCUAGAACAUUAGAUUUAAUAGAUGAGGCAAAUGGGUUUGAUAACUAUAUUUUAAAGACACAUGAGCGAGAUCUGAAUUCUAAGUUGGGUAUGAACUUUAAAAGAGCCAUGUUGCUAUCUUUGGUAAGGCAGGAUAUGUUUCCUGAGGACCCAGAAAAAAAGCAGAAGAUUUGUGACAAAUACAAAGAAUUUAUUAUUCCGGAAGAAGAGGCAGAAUGGUUGGGUUUAUCAAUCAAAGAAGCAAUUAAAAAAGGAAAGCAACUCCAGGAAGAAAACAAUCCUCAAAUACCAUUGAAAUAUUCACUCACCAAAGUCUUAGCCCUUCGGUUACAAGAAAUCUCUCAAAACAAAGACCAAGAUUCUGCAGUGGAUGAAGGAUUGACAAAUAAAUUCAAAAAACUUAAUCCAUUUUCAAAAUCAGACGACAAAAGAAGUUGAUAUUAAGUCAGUUUUACAUGAAUGUUCUGAUGUAACCUUGAAUAGAUGUGUGGAUGUGGCGAGAAAGGAUUAGACAUUUUGAUUGUACAGAAUUAAGUCAAGAAGUUUUAAGCAUUGAACAAUGCCCUAGAAACAAUGUUUAAGUGCUACAUCAUACUUAACUGUGACAAUCUAAGAUUUAAGAAUAAAUAUAAAUGGGUUUAA